AUGUUACCUUUUGUGUUCAUCAUCUUCUCCCUGAUGAGAGUUCUCAUCGCCAGACCCUCCACGGACUACUUCGGAAGUCACUUAAACUCAGCAGAGGAGCCGAAAGAGGUCCGUUCGAAGGCCAUCAAACAACUUUUGGAAGUUUUUGGGAUGGAAGAUCCCCCUCUUACUCUUACUCGAGGCCACAAACAACCGCCUCAGUACAUGCUGGAUUUGUACAACACGGUGGCGGAUGUGGACGGAGUUACCAAGGACCCUCAUCUUCUGGAGGGAAACACCGUGCGGAGUUUCUUCGAUAAAUUGCACAGCGAACAGAUUGAGUACAUGUUCAAUUUGUCAACGGUUGGGAAGAGUGAAAAGGUGCUCACUGCUGAACUGCAUCUGUUCAAACUCAGGCCCCAGUCGUCAGUGGCUUUCAACAGGCAUCAUUACUGCCAGGUCAGCGUCUACCAGAUUUUGGAUGGGGAAAAAGUGGACACUUCCCAGGGCAAGAAACUCUUAUCCUCACGCCUCAUUCCUGUCCACUCCAAUGGCUGGGAGGUGUUCACCAUCACCCAAGCAGUCCGCUCCUGGAUUACGGACAAGAGCAGCAACCUGGGGCUCCUGGUGACUGUUAAGACGUUGGCGGGCAGUCAGAUGGACAGCAAGGUGCUGCGUUUCGCCUCUGGCCGUCACCACCACCACAGCAAGCAGCCCAUGCUGGUGCUGUUCACCGACGAUGGACGCCGCACUGCCAGCCCCGAGGUCAACACACAGGGUAGGUGUGACGAAGGCUCCUUGCCCCCCACUCUGCCCAUGCUGCCGAUGGCUGGUGCCGGUCCUGCCCGCCGCAGUGCCCGCUCCCUGGACUACGAAGACUACACAGAGGGCACGUCCUGCCAGCGCCACCCCCUCUACGUCGACUUCGAGGAGAUUGGCUGGUCCGGUUGGAUCGUGUCUCCUCGCGGCUACAACGCCUACCACUGCAAGGGCUCCUGCCCCUUCCCACUGGGACAGAACAUGCGGCCCACCAACCACGCCACAGUGCAGUCCAUCAUCAACGCCCUGAAGCUCACCAAGGGCAUCGAGACGCCCUGCUGCGUGCCCGACAAGCUCUACUCCAUCAACCUGCUCUACUUCGACGACGACGAGAACGUGGUGCUCAAGCAGUACGAUGACAUGGUGGCCGGCAGCUGUGGAUGCCGCUGAUAACUGCCACUGACAUUGGCAACAGGGCUCUAUAUGAACUUUUUUCGACACCAGCCAAAAAUGUUUUUAGAUGUUAAUAUUACUCGCCAAGCACACACUCACUAAUGGGUCUAAGUGGCUAGUAAGUUGUUUUUUCUACCAACCAAACUGAUAUUUCACUAGCAUUUGGCCGAUUGGCUGGUGUUAAUUUGGAGCCCUGAUUGCCAGCGACACUCGUACUGCUGUAGCUGUAACUGCUACACCUGCCGCCCAUAGCUCCUGUGUGGCUCAGAACACCUCGCCUCAAACCAUGCCAGGCUCUCUGUUAGUCACACUGCUGACAUUGUAGCUCCCCGUUAAAAGGACAGUCUGUGAAUCCAUCUAUCCAUCCAGCCAUGUCUCCCAAUGAACUGUAAAUACCACAUUUUACACUCAUUUGUAGUUUUUGUGACACUGUAGUGUAAACUCUCAAUUUUUGCUGAUGUCUGUGAUCGUACUGCUCAAAGGGGUUGAAGGCAUUAAGUGUUAAUAUUCUCCAAUAGUCUUUAAUAGCACAGUGAGGUCCUGAAUGGAUGGCCCAUUGUGGUAAUGUGGAGACAAAAGAAGGACCACUGCUAGUGUUUCUAUGGUGGUCACUAGUGGACCGGUUGUCAUGGUGUUGCUUAUUGGACUUAAGUUGUGAUAGGCCACCGCUCAUCUGUUUAGAAGGUGCAGGAUUCAGUAGAAAUUUCUGUAUAAAAAGAAGACAAUCCGCACACUU